AUGUCUCACAGAAAUCUCGGUGGAUAUGCAUAUGGGAUAGGAGUACCUAUCGAUGUGCUUCUUCUAAUCUUAGCAGUGAGUCUCCUUAACUACUUGUGCAAGAAAAAGAGGCUAUUACCUUCUGAAUCAAGUCAAGGAACCAAUAACUUUCUCACAAUCAUCACCAUUGGCGGCGACUCGGUUGGAACACGUCAGCGAGAAGGCAUCGAGGAAGUGGCCCUCGACGGCUUCCCGAAGAUUAUUUACUUCGACGACAAACUCAACAACAUCAAAGGUGAUGAUGAGUCCUCAUUGGCUAGUUCCUGUUGCUAUUCAAUCUGUUUGAUGGAUUAUAAAGAGAAGGACUUGCUGAGGUUGCUUCCGGAUUGUGAUCACCGUUUCCAUCUCAGGUGUGUCAAUCCGUGGCUUCGGUUGAAUCCCAUGUGUCCGGUGUGCCGAAAUUCUCCUUUGCCGACUCCUUUUGCUGAGGUUCCAGUACCAUUGCCGAAAGAUGGCAAUGUCAGAAUCGUCCUUGUUCCCAGCAAAUGCCAAACAAAUUUGGGACUUAAUACAACCAAUAUUCCGGUUGCAUCCAAGUCCACUGUAGUCCUUCCGCCGAACAAGAAGCGUAUUUUGGAAUCUUUACCUCUACAUUACCGCUGA